AGAUGAUGGGGAGGUGUUGGUGUUAUAAAAGGGUCAUAAGGAGCAGGUGUCUGAGAAAAUCUGCUGGUCUCACUGUAAGGACGAUAGUCAUUAUUGGCAGCCUGGCAGCAGCACGGUCUACGAUCCAAACAGAGGCUUUUUAAGACACUGAAUUAUUCCCCGUGUUUACAACUCCAAGGCGAUGCAUAUGAAUCUUCCUGCACUUACUCUUUGCCUCCUUGGCACAGUGGUAGUCACCCAAAACCUCACAGACCCAUCAACUUCGUCCAACUCAAACAAAUUACUACCAAAUGGCACCUCUGUUGCCCCCACCUCAGCUGGACUCAAUAUCACAACGUCCAACAUUACUGAAAUGACAGAUUCAACCAUGACAACGGAAAACCCUUCAUCCAUCACCACCAAGCCUGCUGACCAAGGAUCACCAGAAGGACUUUCAGAUGGCGCCAUAGCUGGCAUUGCCAUCGGCUCGAUUGCUGGAGUGGCCGCUGUCGGUGGUGGUGUCUUUGGUGCUCUGAAGUUAACCGGGAGGCUUUGAGACCAGUCAUGAAACACACAUCAUGUGCAAACCAUCUUCAACAAACCAGAUUUCAUCCUGAAUGCACAUUGAAAAAUCACCUUUUGACUUAUUAACUCAAAUCAGAAUAAAUAAAAAGAACAUGUUUAAGUGAUAUUAUGGGACGAUAAGAAAACACUAAAGUCUGUGUGACUGCUGGGCGAUUAUGAUUGUUUGCAUUGCUUCAGUUUGGGAAAUAAUCACUAACAGAUGAAUAUACACAUCUGUUAUUUUUGUAUUAAAUAUCAAGAUAUUUUCAUGUUUUUUGAUUUUUGAUUAUAGACAUUAAUUCCAACAGUGUUUGGUUUUAAUUACUAGUUUUUCUUUAACGUCUAUCUCAUCUGAUAACUGCUGUCUUUGGAUUUUAAAAGUAAGUUGGAUUCAGUUGAAUAAUAAUGUGAUUCUAAGAUUUUGGGAUACAUAUUUAUCUAUAAUGGCAAGCAAUGACAUGUGUGUUUGAUGCAUGUACAGCUCCAUUUUCUUUGUCCUUUUUCAAUAAAAUCUUUUGUAAAUCAUUCA